AUGAAGCUGAAUCUCGAUCUGCAAGAUGCCCACCAGGGGCCGUAUCUUGCGCAAGACCGCGUAAGGGCCUUGUUCGAAAUCCGCGGUCCUACCUUUCACAAAUCGCCGCGCAUCUCGGUCAAAUUCGUCGGCACCAUGGUCGUCUCGUUUCCCACGCAUGUUAACGGGGCCAGUCCGGGACAGUUUACAACAGUGCUGUUUGAAGAAUCGAGAAAAAUCGAAUACAGAGACUUGCAGUGGGACGAAGACGAAGCCUCUGGCGAAUCCAUCUACACCACCCCCAUCGACUUCCAGUUCCCCGCCGAGGCCAACUGCUACUGCGCCAGGCCGCAGAAAUGCCAACUCCCGCCGUCAAUGGACAUUGUCGAGCCGGAAAUGAGCGUCAAGGUGACGUACGGAAUCGUCGUCUCCGUGGGCCGCUGCAUUCUCGGCCCAAUGACAAAAGUCAAGAGCGUGGCGGUCGAGAUUCCCUUUAGCUGCACCCCGACCAUCACGUCGCUGCCCAGAUCGUCGUGCGUCUUGUCCGUGGCGAUGAAUGAAAAGUCUGGCCGGCGAUAUGCGCACCAACGAAACGCAAUCAUGGACCAGGAGCACGCCGACGGCUCGUGUCCGUCAUAUAGCCCGAAAUACUCGCCCUCUAUCAAAGUCGAGGUCCUGCUCCCUCAGCCGGCGGUUCUCAUUCGCGGCCAGCCAACUCCCGUGCGAGUCAUCAUCCACACACCUCCAGACGUGCUCGAGUCCGGCGUCUAUCUGCGGAGCGUGACCAUGGACCUAAAGUCCACCGUCAUGACCUCUGUCGGCAUGCUGCCGCGGACAGCCACCCAGAGACGGCACGGCUGCAGCAUGGCCGGCGCGGUCAAGAUUGACAGCGAAGUCUUUGAGCUGGACUCGGGCGCGUGGGGCAACUUCUUUGUCAUGAACACGAAGCCGACGACGCAGUCUUGCAUCGUGAGGCUGGACCAUGCGAUGGAGAUUGUGACGGGCAUUUCGAUUGGGCUGGGCAGCGACGUCAAGUAUGCGGUGGCGACGUUUGAUACGAUUGUCAUGGAUCCGCCGCCGGCGUAUGAAGUUGGAGAUGCGAUACGGUUGCAGGCAUGA